UGCACUUUAGUGAACAUGGGAAAGCAGGUGCAGAUUGUGUCCAUCGGAGAAGACCACACUGUCCAGCUGAAUACAGAGGAGCUAGAAAAAAUCCUGCUGGCUUCCAAAGUGAAGGACAAAGCUGUUGCUGUGGUGUCCAUAAUUGGCGCUUUCCGCACGGGCAAGUCUUUCCUGAUGAACUUCCUGCUCCGGUACCUUUCCAGCCCUGACAAAUCGAAGUGGAUGGAGGACGAGGACACCCCGGUCCAAGGGUUCAGCUGGAGCACCAGUUCCGAGCGCCACACCCAAGGCAUACUUUUGUGGGACGAAGUGUUUCUAGUGCCUACGUCUACGGGCGACGAGUUGGCCGUGGUGCUCAUGGACACACAGGGAGCGUUCGACAGCGAGUCAUCAGCGGACGAGGCGACAAACCUUUUCGCUAUAAGCAUUCUGACAAGCUCACUGCAAAUUUUCAAUAUUUCUCGCAACCUGCAAGAGGACAACCUUGAGCACUUGCAGCUAGUGACGGAAUAUGGAAAGCUCGCUCAAGAGGACACAGAAGGAACCAUGUUUCAGAAGCUUGCGUUUCUGAUUAGGGACUGGCAGUUCCCGGAUAAAGCCUAUGGGGCCACGGGGGGUCGCCAACUCUUGGAAAAAUUCAUGUCAACGGGUACGAAAGACCAAGAUAAAAAUAGCAUUCGACAAUGUCUCUCUUCUUGCUUCUCGUCAAUCGAGUGCUUCCUCAUGCCUCACCUGGGAAAGGAGACAACACGAGAGUCGUUUGACGGCAGAUUGUGCAAGCUUGACGACGACUUCAAGCGGGAGCUGGGAGUUCUAGUACCAUGGCUCGUUGGAGCAGAAAAUCUUACCGCCAAGGAGAUUGCUGGCAAGAGAAUCACCUGCGAGCAUCUGAUGAACUAUUUCAAGGUGUACACCGACGUCUUCAAAGAGCAACAGCCUCGUGUAGCAACAAUUCUGCAAGCGACAGUUGAAGAAAGCAACAGAAGUGCGAAGGAGGAAGCCAAGGCAUUCUACGCGGAGCAGCUCCCUAAGGUGACAUACAAAAACUUUCAAGAGCUGGAGGAAAAUCACGUGAUUCUGCAAGAACAAGCCAAGAAAUUAUUUCGGGAUGCUCGAAAGAUUGGCGGUCCGAUAAUCGAAAGGCGAUACUUGGACGUUCUCGAAAUGGAAAUCGGGACGAUCUUCAAGGACUUUUCUUACGACCACAAACUGUCAGACUUGAGGGAAAAGGAAAGGGGACUCAAUGAAAAAACCAAGCGUUGGAGAAGAAAGAAAAGGAGCUUGGAAGUUUGAAAGAACAGUUGAGAAAGAAAAGCAGGGGCGUUUCAGAGAAGGAGAAAAAGCUACAAGAAGAAGCACAGAACCUUUUUCGCCAGAAGAUGGAGCACGAAAAAUCCAAGAAGGCCCAGGAGAAAUCAAAUCGGUGGACAACGCAUGUUGCGGAUGCCGUGAUGGGCAUAGGAGUCGCACUCAGCGUUUUUGUGCCCGCGGCAGGAGUGCUUGACGGGAUUGUUCCCGUAAUACGUAUUGGAGUGGCAGCCGCAGCAGCCGGAACAGCUGGCGGCUGUUUCGUGGCAUUGAAGAAAAAAUUAGGCCAAUGGUUUGGAUAGCAGGUGUUCCGAAAGUCAAGUACCAUACCUGUGAUCUCCAAGCAAAACGCCCAGCGCGAAACAUUAUCGCCGUCUCGCCCAAGGCACGUGAUAAACAAAACUGUUCACUGGACAGCACAACUACGGGCUUGGCCAAGGUUUCCACUGACUUUCGAGUGAAACGACGUGUGAAAAGUCGCCAAAAGUGGUCCAUUCUUUAGAAUUUUCGCCAAAAAUGUCGCUACUAUACAUACACGUGGCGUGCUUUGUAAUAAAAUUGCUUUUUACCAUCCCGAA